AUGGAACGAGGGGAAGAGCCAUGGGUCCCAGACCUCCAGAGCUCCCAGGAAAGGGAGAUCCCAAGAGGUGCUCGAACAGUGCGGGAAGAGCUUCAGGGGGAGCUCAAACCUCGUUCAGCAUCAGAGGAUCCACACGGGGAGAGACCUUACGAAUGCGCAGCCUGUGGGAAGAGCUUCCGCCAGCGUUCGCACCUCCGCCAGCACUGGAAGAGCCACACGGGGGAGAGACCCUUUGAAUGCCCUGACUGUGGGAAGAGCUUCAGCGUGAGCUCCGCCCUCAUUAGGCACCAGAAAACUCACACGGGCGAGAGACCCUAUGCAUGCGCUGAGUGCGGGAAGAGCUUCAGCGUGAGCUCCGCCCUUACGAGGCACCAGCGGAUCCACACGGGGGAGCGGCCCCACGUCUGUGCCGAGUGCGGGAAGAACUUCAGUGUGAGCUCCCACCUCGUGCAGCACCAGCGGAUCCACACGGGGGAACGGCCCUACGUGUGUGCUGGGUGUGGGCGGAGCUUCAGCCAGAGCUCCCACCUCCUCCAGCAUCAGAGGGUCCACUCGGGUGAGCGGCCCUACGAAUGCACCGAGUGCGGGAAGAACUUCAGCCAGAGCUCGGACCUCAUCAAACACCAGAGAACCCACUCGGGAGAGCGACCCUACGAAUGCUCUUGCUGCUUUAAAAGCUUCACCUGGAACUCAGCGCUCAUUAAACACCAGAAAGCGCACACGGGACAGAGACCCUAUGAGCAUGGCCAGUGCGUGGAAAGCUUCGGCCAGAGCUCAGCCCUCAUCAUCCCUCAGAGACACCACAUGUGGCAGAAACCCCACUGAUGGAGCAUCAGGACACCAGCCAGUGUAAUGCACUUGCUCUUAUGAGCAAGUCACUUCAACUCUCUGUGCUGCGUCUUCCACCUCUAGCUUAAGGAAAAUGAGAACAAUGGGAUUCUCUGAUCCUUGUUCUGCUCACCCAUCACCAGCUGGGACUUUCCCGGAAUUAUAGGGUUUGGGAGGUUUCUUUUCCUUUUACUAUAGAGUGGAUUGAGUGCUGUUUCUGGAAAGCCAGGUUUAGGAGGUUUUCCAGUGAGUUUGGUUCCAGUUUCAGUAAAGUCUUUAUUUGUUGCUGUGGGUCCUUGGAAUUUGGGUUUGAAAUGUUAAAAAUUCUCAAUAAAGUUUGCAUUAUGGUA